UCCCUCUGUUCAUUAGUAGGCUGUGCUGCGUUUGAACGGAGGUAGGGGAUAGACAUGUAACCGGUCACAAAUAACUUCACAUUUAAUACGAGGAGUAACCGGGCACCGGGAUCUUAAACCUUUGGAUUUCUUCCGCUCUGGAUAUUUUCCUUUAGUUACUCGUCUCGGGGUAAUAUUUCCCCUUAACGUUAGAUUCCCCCUCUGUGAGAUCUUUAGCCAGUAACGGUCCUUUUUUUUUUUUUUUUUUUUUUUUUUUUUUCCAGAGCUAGCACAAAACCAUACCUGUCUCAGGUCUAAUGUAGUCCUUCUACUCGCUUCUGUAGAUAGCUAGCUAAACCAGCGGACGCUAAAAUAGAGAAUAUCUUUAACUAAUGGUGUUCAUCAAAAAGAUGUGAUUUAAUUUUCCUUCACAUGAGGUAGCCAAGCCCAGCCGUUGGCAUCUGAAACAGCUGGCUCGUGUCGAGACGAUUGUGGAUUAACGUUUUUUUUCCUCCCCGAAUAUCUCCAAGAAACCCCGGACCUGGUUUUUCAGUGGCCAACAUGAGCGUCGAUUUAAUCGAAUCAACUACAUGAGUGGAGCCGAAACAAACACAUAUUUCGUCCAAGGAGUGCACAUUUUUAAGCAGGGCCAGUUGUCCUAGAAAAUAUGGAAAGCGAGGUUUUUACCCCUUUGCUGGAGCAGUUUAUGCUCACGCCUCUGGUCUGCUGGGUGAAGACAGUCGGGCAGGCGACAUUGGUCGAUGGCACCCAAUUAUCGGAAUAUAUUGAAUUAGUGGAUGGGAUUUACCUGAACGAGAUCAUGCUUGAGAUAAAUCCUAAGGCCACGGUGCAGAGGACCAACAAGAAGGUGAACAAUGACUCAACACUGCGCAUCCAGAACCUUUCUAUUCUCAUCAGGCAGAUUAAAGCCUACUACCAGGAGACUCUCCAGCAGCUGGUGAUGAUGCCUUUACCAAACGUGCUGGUACUGGGCCGGAACCCUUUGUCUGAGCAAGGUCUGGAGGAGAUGAAAAAACUCUUGCUGCUGCUACUAGGCUGUGCUGUCCAGUGCGAGAAGAAGGAAGAGUAUAUUGAGCGUAUCCAGACUCUGGACUUUGACACCAAAGCUGCCAUAGCAUCCCACAUCCAAGAGGUGACUCAUAAUCAGGAGAACGUAGUGGACAUGCAGUGGUUGGAAAGUGGGGAAAUGCCUCCUGAAGACCUGGACAGCCUCUCCAGAAAUCUGGCUUUUCACCUCAAACGCCUGGUGGAUGAGAGGGACACACAGCUGGAGACUAUAGUGGAGUUGACCCAGGAGAGAGACUGUGUGCAGCUGUCUCCACUGGCUCCCUGUCCGACCCAGUCUCCCGGAGACUCCCCCAGUAUCAGGAGGACCGAAAGCCGACAGCACCUCUCAGUGGAGUUGGCUGAUGCCAAGGCCAAGAUCAGACGCCUUCGACAGGAACUAGAGGAGAAGAGUGAGCAGCUUUUGGACACCAGGCAGGAGCUUGAGAACAUGGAAGUGGAGCUCAAAAGGCUUCAGCAAGAGAGCUACCAGUUACUGUCGGACGCUCGGUCGGCUCGGGCCUACCGUGAUGAGCUGGACGCACUCCGAGAGAAAGCAAUCCGUGUCGACAAACUGGAGAGCGAGCUGAGCCGAUACAAAGAGAGACUUCACGACAUUGAGUUUUACAAGGCCAGAGUCGAGGAGCUGAAGGAGGACAACCAGGUCCUGUUGGAGACUAAGAGCAUGUUGGAGGAGCAGCUGGAUGCUAGCCGUACCCGCUCCGACAAACUGCACCUCCUGGAGAAAGAGAGUCUGCAGCUCAAAUCCAAGAUCCACGACCUGGAGAUGGAGCGGGACAUGGACCGUAAGCGUAUGGAGGAGCUGUUGGAGGAGAACCUUGUGCUUGAGAUGGCCCAGAAACAGAGCAUGGAUGAGUCCCUGCACCUUGGCUGGGAGCUGGAGCAACUAUCCAAGACACCAGAUCUGACUGAAGCCCCUCAGAAGUCUCUGGGCGAGGAGGUGAAUGAGCUGACCUCGAGCCGCCUGUUGAAGCUGGAGAAAGACAACCAGACCCUGCUGAAGACUGUGGAGGAGCUCAGAGGAGCAGCCAGUCAGGACACCGUGACAAAGCUGGCCAAAGUCAGCCAGGAAAACCAGAGACUGAACCAGAAAUUGGAGCAGCUGGGGAGUGAACUGACAGCAGACAGAGAGUCGCUCCUUAGCGCUGAAUCGCUCAAUACUGACCUGAUGAAGGAGAAGGCUUUACUGGAGAAGACUCUGGAAACACUCAGAGAAAACUCUGAGCGACAGCUGAAGGGUCUGGAGCAGGAGAACAAGCACCUGAGCCAGACGGUGUCGUCCCUGCGUCAGCGCUGCCAGGUUGGUGCUGAGGCCCGGGUCAAGGAUGUGGAAAAAGAGAAUCGCGUUCUCCACGAGUCCAUCUGCGAGACAACCGCCAAACUCAACAAGAUGGAGUUUGAAAGGAAACAACUACGUAAGGAGCUUGAAGUGGUGAAGGAGAAAGGCGAGAGAGCAGAAGAGUUGGAGAUUCAGAUUCAGAAGCUAGAAAGGGACAAUGACAGCCUGCAGAAGAAAGUUGCCAACCUUGGAAUAACCUGUGAAAAGGUGUCUUCUUUGGAGAAGGAGAACACUGAGCUGGAGGCAGAGGGACGUCGUCUGAAGAAGAAGCUGGACACUCUGAAGAACAUGGCCUUCCAGCUGGAGGCUCUGGAAAAGGAGAACUCGCAGCUAGAGCAGGAGAACCUGGAGCUUCGGCGCUCAGCGGAGAGUCUCCGGUCAGCGGGGGCUAAAGCCGCUCAGCUGGAAGCCGAGAACAGGGAGCUGGAGAGCGAGAGGAGCCAGAUGAAGCGCAGCCUGGAACUGCUCAAGGCCUCGUCCAAAAAGACGGAGAGAUUAGAGGUGAGUUACCAGGGCCUAGAUACAGAGAACCAGCGCCUGCAGAAGGCUUUAGAGAACAGCAGCAAGAAGAUUCAACAGUUGGAGGCAGAGCUGCAAGAGGUGGAGACUGAGAACCAAACCCUCCAACGCAACCUGGAGGAGCUCAAGAUCUCCAGUAAACGCCUGGAGCAGCUGGAGCAGGAGAACAAGACUCUGGAGCAGGAAAGCUCCCAGCUAGAAAAAGACAAGAAGCUACUGGAGAAGGAGAACAAGCGGCUGAGGCAGCAGGCCGAGAUCCGCGACUCCAAGCUGGAUGACAACAACCAGCGGAUCUCCACCUUGGAGAAAGAGAAUCGCACCAUGGGCAAGGAGAUGAUCUUCUUCAGGGACUCGUGCACAAGAGUCAAAGACCUGGAGAGAGAGAACAAGGAGCUGGUCAAACUGGGCACCAUCGAUAAGAAGACCCUCAAUGCACUUAGAGAGGAGCUUGUGAGUGAGAAGCUGCGGACUCAGCAGAUGAAUAAUGAUCUGGAGAAACUGACCCAUGAGUUGGAAAAGAUUGGACUGAACAAGGAAAGGCUGCUGCAUGACGAGAGCUCUGACGACAGGUUUAGGCUCCUGGAAACCAAAUUGGAGUCGACUCUGAAAUCAUCUUUGGAGAUUAAAGAGGAGAAGAUCGCCGCCCUAGAGGCCAGACUGCAGGAGUCCUCCAACCUCAACCAGCAACUUCGGCAGGAGCUCAAGACAGUAAAGAAGAACUACGAAGCGCUGCGUCAAAGGGAGGAGGAGGAGAGGAUGGUGCAGAGCUCUCCCCCUAGAGGAGGGGAGGACCCUCAGGCUUUCAGUAAAUGGGAGAAAGAGAGUCACGAAGCCACCAGAGAACUGCUGAAAGUCAAAGACCGACUCAUUGAGGUGGAGAGGAAUAAUGCCACGCUACAGGCUGAGAAGGCGGCCCUGAGGAGCCAACUUAAACAACUGGAAACUCAAAGCUCCAAUUUGCAGGCUCAGAUAGUAGCAGUGCAGAGACAGACUGCUUCUUUACAGGAAAACAAUACGACACUACAGACACAGAACGCCAAGCUGCAGGUGGAGAACUCCACUCUGAGCUCGAAGAGUGCAUCCCUCAUGGCCCAGAACGCCCAGCUCCAGAGCCAGCAGAGCAGCGUGGAGGGUGAGCGUGAGGGUGCUCUGAAGGAGAAAGAGGAGCUCAGGUCCACCUACGAGAUGCUCCUCCGCGAUCACGAGAAGCUGGCGGCGCUCCACGAGAGGCAGGCGGCCGAGUAUGAAACCCUGAUCGGAAAGCAUGGGGGCCUGAAGAGCUCCCACAAGAGCCUGGAGCAGCAGCACAGAGACCUGGAGGACAAGUACAAGCAGCUCCUGCAGAGGAAGGGGGAGUUGGAGGAUCUGGAAAAAAAUCUGAAGGAGCAGCAGGAAAAAAUGGCGCUGGAGAAUCAAACGCACCAAGCCACAGCUGGCCAGUACAAACUGCUCAAAGAGGAAAAUGAAAGGCUGAAUAAUACCUAUCGUCAGCUGGUGAAGGACAACGAGCAUCUCCAACUGGACCAUAAAAACACAAAGAGCCAGCUGAACAGCGCCAAGCUGGACCAGACCAAGCUGGAGGCCGAAUUCUCUAAACUGAAGGAGCAGUACCAGCAGCUGGACAUCACCUCCACCAAGCUCACCAACCAGUGUGAGUUGUUGAGCCAGCUGAAAGGAAACCUGGAAGAGGAGAAUCGCCACCUGUUGGACCAGAUCCAGACUCUGAUGCUACAGAAUCGCACUCUACUGGAGCAGACCAUGGAGAGCAAGGACCUGUUCCACGUAGAGCAAAGACAAUACAUUGACAAGCUGAAUGAGCUGAGGAGACAGAAAGAGAAGCUAGAGGAGAAGAUCAUGGACCAGUACAAGUUCUACGACCCCUCACCUCCACGCAGGCGUGGCAACUGGAUCACUUUGAAGAUGAGGAAGUUUAUUAAGCCGAAGAGCCGGGAGAGAAUGCGCUCUCUCACGCUGACUCCCUCUCGCUCAGAGUCUGGCGACGGUUUCCUGAUGUUUCCCCAGGACAGCCAGGACAGCUCGUCGAUAGGCUCUGGCUCCAACUCGCUGGACGACACACUUACGCAAAAGAGGAGCAGCAGGAGGAGAGGGCAGCAGCCCCAUGCCCAAGGGCAGGGUUCCACCAAUGCUAUAAAAAGGUUGCCUUUCAUGAGGAACAGAUCCAAGGACAAAGACAAGGCCAAGGCCAUCUACCGGCGCUCCAUGUCCAUGAAUGACCUGCUGCAGACCAUGGCGGUGGCGGGCGGUCCCGGGGCUCAGUGGGCGAACAGCAUCGAGAACCUAGACGGCGCUGAGGCCGGGGAUGCUGUCAUGACGGGGAGCAGCAGGCGCAGCGGGCAGCGCAUGAAGGAGCUCGCCUUUUCCACCAACGCCAUCGACUGUGCCACCCUCACCCUGCCUACUGCAAGGCAAAGCAGGGCCAAGCACCGGCUUCAGGUCAAAGAUAAUGCCUCCUGUGAGGAUGUUGCUGGCUCCUUAGAUGACCCCAAGAGUCAAGCCUCCAGACCCACCAGUCUCCAUAGCAACAGGAUCACCAGUAGUAAUAGUAACAAUAACUCCCAACUCUCUUCUCCUCUGGAGGGCAAAGGCACGAACGGCAGCCUCAGCAGGCCUCACAGUGAGAGCAGCGGUGAGUUCAGCCUGAGUUUGGACCAGGAGGUGUGGUCCAGCAGCGGCAGCAGCCCAGUCCAGCAGCCCACCUCCUCGCGCUCCUCCCACCAGAGCCCCCUGCAGCUGCGCAGGUCGCUCGACCCGUCCAACGCUGCAGGCGUCCCGGGCCAGACCCAGGUCAGGAAGACGGGAUCCCCAACCAACGAGGUGCUUUCCCUGCAGCAGUUCCUGGAUGAGGGUAUUGAUCCUGCAGAGUCCGGCAGUCAGGAGAACCUCACUGUAGACUCUCCUCGCCUCUCCACUUCUUCUGAGCAUGUGCAGAAAGAACGCACUUCCACAAAGGGCCGAGGCAUAUUGCGCUCCUCCAGUGGGAGAGCGCCGACGGUCAGCUCUGAUCGCCCACCGAGAUCGGCCGGACAACCGGGUCGCCCAACCCUGCGUAAGGCAGAAAGCACCCGUGUGAGAGGCUCCGUCCCAGUCCGCUCCAGCCUAUCAUCGCAGGGCAAAGCCACGUCUGUGUCUGAACGCCUGGACUCUGCUUCCUCCACGCUGCCCCGGGCCAGCAGCGUCAUCUCCACUGCUGAGGGCACCACUCGGCGCACCAGCAUCCACGACCUGCUCUCAAAGGACAGCCGGCAGCCCGUGUCGGUUGACGCUUCUCCUCCCGUCGCCUCCACCAAGGCUGGGGUACGCUCCCAGCCUACGCCCAGUGAGUACCACCCCAACAGCACCAAUCUAAAGGGACCCCUUACCACCAUCACCCCCCUGCCCAAGUCACUCAGCUUACCUUGCCAUAGCUUGGAGGAUCCAGACCUCUCCACCCUCGAGUCUUUCCUCGGCCCUUCCUUCACCGUAGAGUCUGUGUUCAUGGACUCCAUCUUUAGUGAGUCGGCGGGCAAAAACCUCCCCUUCCUGUCUCUAAACCCCACCCUAGUCAGCAACAUCAGUGGGCCUCCUGUUCCAACUAAAACACACCCCCCUCCUAUCCCCAACCAUAUUUCCACCCAAAACCAGGCAACCCAUCACAGCCAAUCAAAUGGCCAGAUGGGAUCCAGCCCAGCCAUAUCUGAAUAUAGCGAGGGCGUUGAUCCCAAUUGUGUGAAUAAUCCGGACCAGUCACCGAGCCCAGAGGACAACCAGUCUCUGUGGUAUGAGUACGGGUGUGUGUGAAUGACAGGGAGGUUUCUGGCUUGCUGAUCUUUUUACCAGACUUGCGGUAAAGAGAGGAGAAUGAAAAGAAUGGAUAAAUGACAAAUCCUCCUCCUCCCCUGCAUGUAUUUAUUGGAGCACUAUCUCUGUCUGGUGUAUUUGUUUCGUUCUUUUCUGUUUGCCAUGGUGCUGGUUGGUGAAUCGCUGUUAUUUCUUUUAUUUUUUAUUUUUUUGUUACCUCCUGUUUUCUGCCUUGUUCUUAUCUCUGAGGUGAGACUUUGAUGAAUGUUCCUUAAUACGACGGCCCUGUUAUUGUUUCCUCAUCAAAUCCGUUUCACUGGCUAACACUAUACUAUUAGCUGCAGUUUGGGGUUAAUGCAGGCUUAUUAUAUCUGUUAAUAGCUUACAUCUUUAUUUAGCAGUGAGCAGAAAUAUUGAAGAUUCAAUAAAUUUGUCACCAGGAUCCAUUUAAAAAAACAAAACAAAAAAACCCACCAAAAACAUCGGAGUGUCAAAGCAUUGUGGGAGAGAUCUAGUAGCUGCAAUUUAUUUUUUUGUUAUGUGUCGGAUAAUAGCAUCAUUUUCCAUUUUCUGUUUGUGAUGUCUUGAUGAUUUAUGGGUGACUGAUUGUCUUUUUCACGGCUUUUUAACUCUGUUGCAUCAUUCAUUAAAUUGCACGGCUUUGUUCUGUCCGACCUGAAGCGCUCAUUUUGAUUGCUGUGAUCAAAAUGGUUAUCAUGUGAAUCUUCUUUUUGUUUGUACUGAUGGUGUGUACUUUUGUUUUUGUACAUCUGACACCUUUUCUGUAUUUUCUUUUAUAUAAUUAUUAACAGGAGCAUUUGUGCUGCGGGUUAUGAUCUGGUGGGUCUUAACGGACCUCUUGGGCUGGUGACAAAAUGAUGCAAGCUUCAUUCCAAAAAUGAUCUGAGGGAAGGGAUAGUUGGUUAAGUGAAAGUUGACAGUGAAGUUAGUGGAGUGGGACCAAGGUGAUUAUUAUAUUUUAGUUUAAGGUGACCCUUGAUCGAGAUAUUGAAACAGGAAGUCGCUACAGUAAGUUGAGAAUAGUUUUCAGUGGUCAGAUUGUUUUGUGAAUGAAGCUAACAUCAUUUCUUUUGGUAUCUGGAAACUUUAAAUUGACUUAUCCCGACGCACCACAAGUUGAGAAUGGAUAAUAUUUGAUUAAGUAUUUUAGACCGACAAGAUCUUGUACAGAUUGUUGUAAUCAUUAAGUUAUAAUCAAAGACCAGCACUGCUUUAUGUGCCAAUACUAGUAGUACUGUCCGCCUAUAGAUCCUUAUUUAUUUCUGGGUUUUUUGUACUCCGCACUUGCUGUUUUGAAGUUGCUUUAAUGUAUUUAUCUUAAUCUACAGUAUAUGCAGGUGUAAAGUAAAUGAACAUUUCUCGUCACUGUCUACAGAUGUAACAUAAACAUUGCCUUUGU